AAAAUAGAGGGAAUAAAGAUAGGGUUUAUGGCUUUCAGUGAGAUAUCAUCUGAGAUUGCUGCUUCACUCUCCACUCUCACAUCCAGAUCUUAUUCCUCCUCGUAAUCAAGGAAAUUAGAAUGAUAAGCAUACUAGUAAGGUUCCCUCCAAAUGCCAUGAGCUUGUGCGCCAAAAAGAAGAAUAAGAACAAGAAUAAAACUUGGAAAGAGAGACGCUUGGAAGGCAAAGAAAGAAGAAACGUUCUUCGUUACCCAAAACCCAAAUCAACCCCACUCCUUAUCCAUCGCUGUCCUCCUCCCCAAACCCAAUUGGAAGCACUUGAACAAGUCAUCACAAACCUUGAAGACUCUAUUGAGAAGGGCAUCAGAAUUGACCCUGAAAUAUAUGCCUCUUUAUUAGAAAUAUGCUAUCGCUUGCAAGCCAUUCGUCCCGGUAUCAAACUCCAUCACCUUAUCCCAACAUCUAUGUUGCAUAGGAAUUUUGGCAUCUCUUCCAAGCUUCUUAGGUUGUAUGCGGUGUGUGGAUAUGUGGACGAUGCCCACGAGCUGUUUGAUCAAAUGUCUAACAGGGACACGUCUGCAUUUCCCUGGAAUUCGCUCAUCUCAGGGUAUGCCCAAAUGGGCCUCUAUGACGACGCCAUUGCACUCUACUUCCAAAUGGUAGAAGAGGGUGUUGAACCUGACUUUUUCACCUUCCCGAGAGUUCUCAAAGUUUGUGCUAGAAUUGGGUCUGUUCAAUUGGGGGAAGAAGUGCAUCGCCAUUUGGUUCGUGCUGGAUUUGCCAUUGAUGGGUUUGUGCUUAACGCACUUGUUGACAUGUAUUCGAAGUGUGGUGACAUUGUAAAGGCGCAAAAGAUCUUUGACAAGAUGUCUCAUAGAGACGCCAUUUCGUGGAAUUCCAUGCUCACUGCUUAUGUUCAUCAUGGCCUUGAGAUUGGGGCGGUGAACAUUUUCCACCAAAUGAUUUUGGAAGGGUGUGAACCUGAUUCUGUUAGCAUAUCCACUAUUCUUACAUGUGUGUCUUCGCCAUGUCUAGGCGUCCAAGUUCAUGGAUGGGUGAUUCGGCGAGGACUUGAUUGGAACUUGUCCAUAGCUAAUUCCUUGAUGGUGAUGUACUCUAGUCAUGGUAGGUUAGAAAAGGCAUGUUGGAUAUUCAAUCAAAUGCCAGAGAGGGAUGUUGUUUCGUGGAAUUCUAUAAUAUCUGCAUAUUGCAAAUGUAGGGAAGCCCUCACCUUUUUGGAGCAAAUGGAAGAAGCAGGUGUUCAGCCUGAUAAAAUAACAUUUGUUUCAAUAUUAUCAGCUUGUGCCCAUUUAGUUAUGGUGAAGGAAGGAGAGCGAGUGUUUGCUCUAAUGUGCGAAAAAUAUAAAAUAAAACCAAUUAUGGAACAUUAUGGUUGUAUGGUUAACCUUUACGGAAGAGCAGGACUAAUUAAAAAGGCUUAUAGCAUCAUAGUGGAUGGAAUGGGCUCUGAGGCUGCAGGUCCAACUCUUUGGGGAGCUUUAUUGUAUGCCUGCUUUUUGCAUGGAGACACAACUAUAGGGGAGAUUGCUGCAAAUAGGCUUUUUGAUUUGGAGCCAGACAACGAGCAUAACUUUGUACUUCUUAUGGGAAUUUAUGAAAAUGCAGGCAGAUUACAGGACAUGGAGAGAGUUAGAAUGAUGAUGGUUGACAGAGGAUUGGAUUAUUAGGCAGCUGUACAUCCUAACC